AUGCCGCCAACACCACCUUCAACAACUUCCUCUAGCGCAGGACACUCGCCGCCAGAUCCACAAUUCAGAGUUGUGCGCAAACGGAAUCGCGUUCCUUUGUCCUGUGGAGCAUGCAGGCAUCGAAAGCUGAAAUGCAAUCGAGGCCAUCCCUGCGACAACUGCACCAAGCGCGGAGAUACGGCAUCAUGUACGUACGCUGCCCCAGGCAACCGCAAGAAGAGUUCAGCGAGCACCGGCUCUGCGACUACGCCCGAUGACAUGCAAAAUCGCAUUGAUCGUCUUGAAGGACUGGUUCUUUCCCUGAUGACCAAUGGCGCCCAGAGCGCUGGACCUGCUGCUGCUCAAGCCGCUAUCGCACACAGUCUGGGCAAUGCUGGCCCGGAUCAGCAGUUUGAUGCCAGCCCGAUGAUCACCGCUAUGAGCACCGGCGCGCCUGAAUCGAUACCCGAAGAAGACGUGAACGAAGAGAGUGACAUGGAAACUGUCACAAAGUCGAUUGGGGUCAUGAAGGUGCACAACAACCAUACCAUAUUUGCCUCAGAAGCACAUUGGUAUGCAAUAUUGGGUGAAUUGUCAGAAGUCAAAAACUACUUCGCCGAGCACAAGAAACAGUAUGAAGAUCAGCUCAAGCGGUACAAGGCGACGCAUGUCGAAGAUCGACCACCGGGUACUUCCUUCUUGACGGGUGGACAAAAACCUAGCUCCAAGGCCGAAAUCCUAUCACGCUUCCCGCCCAAACCCACAGCCGAUCUCCUCGUCUCGCGCUUCUUCAACACAUACGAUCCUGGCAUUCACAUCAUACAUGGCCCAACGUUCCAAGAGGAGUACGAUAGACAUUGGGCACAACCGGAAGAGACGCCCGUCAUCUGGCUUGGGACCGUGUUCGCCAUGAUGUGCAUCGCGCUGCAGUCGUACACACGAGCUGGUGAUGAGCCUCCCGAGUACCACAAUAAGUCUUGGGAGAUGUCAAGGGAGUAUGGCGACUUGACAGCGCAAUGUUUGAUCAUGGCGGACAUCACACAGCCCAUCACGGGUAUGAUGGAGACCCUGCUUUUGCACGUCCAUGCUGAGUAUGCUCGUAGUAGGGAUGCAGAAGUGGGUAUUCUGAUUAGCACAGGCAUCGUCGUGCGACUUGCAAUGCGAAUGGGUUUGCAUCGAGAUCCAGGACCAUAUCCCGGCAUACCCGUGUUCCAAGGGGAGAUGCGGAGACGUAUCUGGGCUGCGGUACGCUCAUGCGAUCUGUUGUUUUCAGCCCAGGCUGGAUUACCACCAAUCGUCCGACCGCGAGACACAAACACUGAGAUACCCCGUAACAUCUACGAUGAUGAACUGCACAAAGACAUGAAGAUACUGCCUCCUUCAAGGCCAGAGACGGAAGCUACACCAACCCUUUUCCUGAUCAAUCGAACGAGGCUAGUCUACAAGCUUGGGGAAGCAGUCGAGUGCACAGAUACCCUGACGUGCGCAUCGUACGAGGAGGUCAUGAAGCUUGACGCGGAAGCCAGAGAGUUGCACGACAACAUUUCGCCGCAUCUCAAGAUGCGAGGAAUGGAUGAAGCGGCACGCGACCCUUCUACUUUGAUUAUGCAACGCUUCACAUUAGACCUCCUCUUCCUCAAGAUAAUAUGCGUCCUCCAUCGGAAGUACUUGUCUUAUGCGAGAGUGCAAUCGCGUUUCGCUUACUCCAGGAAAGCGGUCAUUGAAGCCUCGAUGAUGCUACUCAAGCACCAAGCGACUCUGCACCGGGAGUGUCAGGCCGGUGGUCGGUUGCGCAAUGUCAAAUGGUUCAUCUCGUCGCUGACCACCGUCGACUUCCUUCUCGCUGCAAUGAUCAUAUCGUCCGAUCUCUACCACACUGCGCGCGAAGGGUCGGCUCGUUCCCCGCCAUCAGCAGACACGCUUGUGUGGAGUUCAGAUCGGCGCGAGGAAAUGCUCGAAGCUAUAGAGGUAGCAGUAGGCAUUUGGGACGGCCUCAAGGAUCACUCUAUGGAAGCAUACAAAGCGCACACCACACUCGGCGUCAUGUUGGACCAGUUGAAGAAGAGUCGAUCAGCAAGGCAAGCUCCGAACGGCUUCCAAGCAGCUUCUUCGGCGUACCCCGCAAUGGCACCAAUGGAAGAUGCCAAUGUCGCACCUGAACAUUCGGCAGCAAUGACGCUGGGCUUGCUUAGCACGGGCGGUAUGACGCCUAAUGCUAACAUGUUUGACCAGCGAUACCCGGCAGGAAUGGCCAAUCUACUAAACGACCCUAUUCCUCAAGCAUCAACGGGCCUGACACCUCAAUACAACCAGCCAACAAGCGGAACAGCGGGGCCAGAAAAUGCAGCAAGUCCAUUUUCAAAUCUCUUUGGAGCAAACCUCUUUCAAAACUUGGAUCUUCCGCCGACAGACAAUAUCAAUUGGGACGCAUGGGAUUCUUACAUCCAGGGUCCAGGCAUCGAGUCGACAAACAACUUCUUCCCUAUGGACCUGAGCAAUAUGCCUAUGCAAACUGAGCAAGCAGGAAUGCCGGCCACGGGGCAAGCACCGAACCAGCAGCCUGCGCAAGGACCUCGGACAAAUGUGUUUGGACACGAUGUCUAUAUGGGCGCUGAUCCGAAAACGAGCUCUGGUGAAGGGUAUGCUCUGGGUUUCAUGCUACCUAAACGAUCCAACUCGUAG